UCAACAGCCCCUCCCGGGUCUCCGCGGCCCAGAGGAGCCCCAGUGUUCCGCGCAGCAGCGCCCACGACCGGAGCCCCGCGGGAGCUGCUUCAGCACCGCGGACAGCGCCCCGCCCCGGGCCCUCCAGCCGCCCCGCUCAGAGGCCGCGCCGGCCAGCGAUGCCCGCGGCAUGGCCCGGAGCCCCGGCCCCGCGGCGCUGCUCCUCUGCGCCAGCCUCCUGCAGCUGUGCUCAGGCGUCUGGGCCACAGACACGGAAGAACGGCUGGUGGAGCAUCUUCUUGACCCUUCCCGCUAUAACAAACUCAUCCGCCCAGCCACCAAUGGCUCGGACCUGGUAACCGUGCAGCUCAUGGUCUCACUGGCCCAGCUUAUCAGUGUGCACGAGCGGGAGCAGAUCAUGACCACCAACGUCUGGCUGACCCAGGAGUGGGAAGAUUACCGCCUCACCUGGAAUCCUGAGGAGUUCGAUAACAUGAAGAAAGUCCGGCUCCCUUCGAAGCACAUCUGGCUCCCAGAUGUAGUCCUGUACAACAACGCCGAUGGCAUGUACGAGGUGUCCUUCUACUCCAAUGCCGUGGUCUCCUACGACGGCAGCAUCUUCUGGCUGCCCCCUGCCAUCUACAAAAGCGCCUGCAAGAUCGAGGUCAAGCAUUUCCCAUUCGACCAGCAAAACUGCACCAUGAAGUUCCGCUCGUGGACCUACGACCGCACGGAGAUCGACCUGGUGCUCAAGAGCGACGUGGCCAGCCUGGACGACUUCACCCCCAGCGGAGAGUGGGACAUCGUGGCUCUGCCAGGCCGGCGCAACGAGAACCCGGCCGACUCCACCUACGUGGACAUCACCUACGACUUCAUCAUCCGCCGCAAGCCGCUAUUCUACACCAUCAACCUCAUCAUCCCCUGCGUGCUCAUCACCUCGCUGGCCAUCCUGGUCUUCUACCUGCCGUCCGACUGUGGUGAGAAGAUGACACUGUGCAUCUCCGUGCUGCUGGCGCUCACCGUCUUCCUGCUGCUCAUCUCCAAGAUCGUGCCGCCCACCUCGCUGGACGUGCCGCUCGUCGGCAAGUACCUCAUGUUCACCAUGGUGCUGGUCACCUUCUCCAUCGUCACCAGCGUGUGCGUGCUCAACGUGCACCACCGCUCGCCUAGCACGCACACCAUGGCGCCCUGGGUCCGCCUGGUCUUCCUGGAUAAGCUGCCUGCGCUGCUCUUCAUGCAGCCGCCACGCCAGCGCUGCGCCCGCCAGCGCCUGCGCCUGCGCCGGCGCCAGCGGGAGCGCGAGGACGCGGGCGGCCUCUUCUUCCGCGACGACUCGUGCACGUGCUUUGUCAACCGCGGGGCCUCGGUGCAGGGCCUGGGCGCGGCCCUGGGGGCCGAACCUGCGCCCGGGGCCGGCAGCAGGGGUCGCCCAGGGGCCUCGUGCGCCUGCGGCCUGCAGGAGGCGGUGGACGGCGUCCGCUUUAUCGCUGACCACAUGCGGAGCGAGGACGAAGACCAGAGCGUGAGUGAGGACUGGAAGUACGUGGCCAUGGUGAUCGACCGCCUGUUUCUCUGGAUCUUCGUGCUCGUCUGCGUCUUGGGCACCGUGGGCAUGUUCCUGCAGCCAUUCUUCCAGAACCACAGAUCCGCCACCUUCCUCCACGCAGCCCCCAGCUCCAAGUGAGCCCCAGCUCCAAAUGC